GAUUCGUGUUGUUAUAUAGUUUGCAAAAAAAGAGCCACAGGAAAAGAUGGAAUUGAUAAGCAAGUUAUCGACCUGUUAACAGUCAAUAUGUCAUUUUGAACUGAUUCUCAAUUUUUGUUUCUUUUUUUCCUAUUUUAAUGAUGCAAAAGUCAAGAUCAUCACAGAUCUUUUAGCCCAAUCCAACGCUAUCGGAAUUGACGAACUCAAUAUUGAUGUUUAAACAUAUACAUUUCUUUUUCUUUUUUUACCAAUAUUAUUAAUAUAAUCAUCAUCAGCAUCAUUAUCAUCAUCAUCAUCAUCAUCUCUCUCUCUCUCUCCUGCUUUAAAUCCGCCUUUCCUUAGUCUACCUGUUUACUUUCUGAAUCUUCCUUAACUUUCUCAGCUCUUUCCCUUUCGAUUUGGCACUCCUACCGCACCACUUUACCUGGUUCUGGGCGUAAAUGAUUGAGAAAGAGGCUGAAAAAAGAGAAGAUUCUGAGGGAAGAAGAUUGGAAGAUGAAGAUGUUCACGAAAAGAAAGAGAAAAGUGAGUAAAAAACCGGGAGCUAGGAAGUGUUCAAGUUCCGUUCUAUUGAUUUCGAUGGUUAAACUUGACCUCUCCUUUUUUAUACUUUUUCUUACUCUUUUCUCCAAAUUCUCUUACAAUUUAUCUCCCUUCGUCUCUCCCUCUCUCCCUCUCUUCUAAACUCACUAAUCAAUUUGUGAUCACCGUCUUAGCCUCAUCUUCAAAAUGAAAUAAAUACUCCGCUUUAAACAUCCCAAGCCAUUUAUCAAGAAUCAGAUCAAAUAUCAACAUAUAAUUUGAUUAACCAACUUUCCAUCAACUCAUCUUUAAAAUCAAAACUGGACAAUAUGAGUACAAGAAUCGCCGAUGAACUGACCUGCCUUGUUUGCUCAGACAAAGCAAUGGGGAAUAACUUUGGUGCCGUUAGUUGUGAAUCUUGCAAAGCUUUUUUCCGCCGAAACGCUCACGAUAUCGAGAAACUUCGAUGUGAAUUUACAGGUAAAUGUUCAAUUACUACAUUGACCCGUCGUCAUUGUCGCCGAUGCAGAUUGGAAAAAUGUUAUCAUGUUGGAAUGAGAAAAGAUUGGAUUCUAACGGAAGAGCAACUCCAAAUUCGCCGAGCUCGAAUUCAAUCACGAAAAUCAAGAGAAUUAGCAACACGUACCAAUGUUAAUUCGGUGGUUUCUUCCUCUUCAGUAUCAACAUCAAGUUCACCAUCAUUAUUAUCUUCAUCAUGUUCAUCAUCUUCUUUGGCCUUAUCCUUACCCAACCAUCAUCAUGUCAUCUCAUCCUCUUUCUCAUCAUCAUCUUCAAGUACAAACAUUGAACAAGUUUCAUCUGUUUUUUCAUCUUGUUCAUCCACAAACUUUCAUCAUGCUAAUCAACAAAAUCAUUCAAUGGAUCAUAAUUCAACUCCCUUUAUUGGCCCCAUGACCUUUUGUCUUUCAAGUGGACCGUCCACUUUAAACGCAUCUAAUGGGAUUUAUGAUGAGGAUGAUGAGGAAGAUGGUGAAGAUGAAGAAAGUGAUAAUGAUUAUACUGAAUUAUGUGAUAAAAUGGGUCAGAAAACUUUUCCUAUUCCUAAUUCAUAUUCUCGUAAUAUGCUUACAUCGCUUCUAGAUGAUAACUCCCAAGUUCAUCAUCAACCGCUACAUGAAUUAUAUUCAUCAUCAUCAAUUAAUCCAUCUCAUCAUUACUCUGAUUUUGAUCAAAUCUCAUCUACAUCUAUGGUUCCCAAUGUUCCUAGUUUUCUAUCACAACCUGAGUAUCAUCAUCACCAUCAAAAUGAUAAUAAACACCAUUCAUCAUUUACUGUGCCUUCUAACUCUCCAUCAUUAUAUCCUUUCUCAUCUUCUUCAUCUUCCUCCUCAUCUUCAUUUUCAUCUAAUCAUCAUCUUCCGGGUCCUGUGAUCUCUUCAUUCCCAUAUAAUGAUAGCCGAUCAUCAACUUCCUCCAAUUCAUUUCACUCUAAUUUUACAAUUAAACCUGAACUCAGUGAUUUCAAUCAAAGGGAAGAUGAAAAUAUCCAGAGUAAAGUUUAUGAUCUAAUUACUGGAUCCGAUUUAAAUUUACCAAUUAGCCUUUCCAAUGAAUAUAUAUCCUCUAAUUUAGCUCUUAAUCAGCUUCUUGAUCAACGUAUGAACGAGCUUAAACUUUCCUAUUCGAAUCACCAUCAAUCGUUACCCUUUAUCUGUGAGGUAUCAACAACCCUUGAAGAAACAAUCAUCCAAUUAGCUGAUCAUAUUGCGAAAAGUUCAAUUGCUUCAAUUAAAAGUCUUACUCCCUUUGGUCGUUUACCAAUACAAGUUCGUAACGAUAUGUUCAAAGGAUCUUUCGCCAAUCUAAUGAUAAUCCGUUUGUGCUUCUUAUUUGACCUGGAUAAAGGAGGAUGGACAGCUCCUGGAUCAUCAAAAGUGAUAAAAUGGAGUUUCCUCAAUUUGGAUUCCCAAUCAGCUUCAUAUUUUCUUAAUUUUAUCAAAGAUCUUAAUGAACGUUGGCAAAGAGAUUUCAAAAUUGGAUUGAUUCUUGAAGCUAUAACACUUUUCAGUCUAAAUAGCCCCGAUAUGAAAUAUCAAGAAAACAUCAGUAAAGAAAAAUAUUUCUACACUUACCUGUUACGCCGUUACCUUGAAUCAAUUGGACUUUCGGUUGGUCAAGCUCGAGCUGAUUGCUAUGAAUUACUGAUGAAAUUGGAGACAAUUAAAGUUAACGUUGAACCAUUGGACAAGAUUCGGCAAAUUUGUUCCUAUCAACCACUGAAAGCGGGUCAAUUACUAUCGGAGAUUCUGGAUCUUGUCUGAAUCGAUCAAUCAAUCAAUCAAUCAAUGGACAUCAAACUGAUUGAUUUCGAAGCCAAAUUCAAUAACAAUCAAGUGCAAUAAUUUAAACAAUUGACCAAUGAGAGAAAGUUCAAAGUUUAAGUCAACGAUUCAGAUACAAAUAUCAAUAUAUUAAUGAAAGAUGGACAAAGGUCUUAAUGGUCAUCACAUUUUAUUGGUUAACAAAUGGAAAAAGAAAUGAAUUUAUUUUAUUUUAUUUCAAUAUUUUAUUAUCCCUCAUAAUAUUGAAUCAAUAAUAUUUACGAAUCUAUGUAAUCAUGAUUAAGAUGAACACUCAAAUAUCAACGAUUCAGUUUUGCUUUGAGAAGCAAAAGUUACUCGAGUUCAGAAUUUUCUGAAUCUAUCUGAUUGCCUGAGAAUAAAUAAAAAUACUGAAAAUGUUAAUUCUCUGAGGAAUUGGUUCACUUUUCUUUCUCCAAAUUGAUUAAUGAUCUAAACUAAUUUUGUUGAUCAACUGAAGAUUAAUGAUGAAAUUAAAGUGAUACGAAGUUGAUUUAGAUUCAAUUGUUAUGGUUAAUUCAUUUCUCUUUUCAUAAUUCCAGUUGAAAUUAAUUGAUUUCUAAUUAGAAA